GUCCAUUUCUUUUACUGUCUAUGGUUGCAUGUUGUUGGACACGGAACUCCGGAUGAGCGUAGAAACUGGCAGUGAGAGCCAGUUUAACUUUACUUAGACGAGACGGGACGAGAAGAUACUUGUCCUCUCGCUGAACAGGAUCGGUGCCCGUCAUGAUCAUCCAUAGCAGAUAAGUGACGGGGUGCAUGUGGCCACAGGUGGCGCAAGAGGAGCAUGGAGCCGGAUGUCAUCCAUCUGUACUCUUCCUCUCCUCCUCCACUGGAUGAGGCUGGAGAGGAAGAAGAGGAGGAUGAGUUUGGGGAGUUUGGGGGUUUUGAUGGUGGAGGGAUGUCCUCCAGUUUCUGUUUCUCAGAGCUCAACACACUCACAACAUUCAACCAAUCAAACACACUGGAGGACUCCCCACCUGACCUGUACAUCAAAUCCGUGCAGAAAGUCACUGUAUCGGGGAGUGGAUGGGAAGACGAGAGAAAAAUGGUAGGAGAAUCAAUCAGUAGUGUCGAGAAAACAGAGAAGGAAUCGUCUGACAUUCUCACAAAUGGCAUGACGUCCUCCAACCUACAAAUGGAGCUCUUUACUGAAAAUGGUCAGAACUCUACCUCGAUACUUUCUGAUGUCCAAAACAGCAACAUGGGUGAUGGACACAGCCUCAGUAAUGGCUACAGUGGGUCUUGUGCAAAUUCAGAGCAGGACAAAGCUCUUUCCAUCUGCUUACAAAGCACAGACACUGAGGAAGGCUCUAGACUGGACGUCAGUGUAGCUGAUGUGUUAGACAAAAACCGGUUAAUUAACCAAAUGGACAACCUGUCAGACUCGAACAAUCACUUAUCGCUUAAAGAAUCUGAACCUGGAGAGACAGAAACCAUAUUGGAGUCAUGUAGUGAAUCCCAGUCGUUUACUUCCUGUGGAGAUGCACAAGAGGCUGAAGGUGAGCAUGAACAAAUGGAGAACUUUGUUGUAUGUGGUGACGCAGGCUGUCUAGACGGGUCUGCGAACUGUGUAGAUAUAACUGAAACAGAGACGACCCCCUCACUGGAUGUGGAUGUAAUCGCUAACAUACAGAGCGGAGACACAAGGAAAAAUCAUGGAACAUCUGUAAAAGCAGAGUUGGAAGUAGAUGAGGAGGUUGAGACACCCAUGGACUCCACAGCCGACGAGGAUAUUGGAGAUUUCAGAGAUGCAACUCAGGGUUCAGACUUCAGCCGAACUGAAUCUAUAACCCAGGAAGGAUUUCCUGAAUUUGUCACUGCAAUGUCCAGGUGCUCCACAGAUGAUGAGUUUGGUGACACGGACACACUGGAGGACUUCAAGGAUGACAAAGAGCUUGCUGAGGAGUCAGUGGAUGAUGAAGUAGCUUUUUGUUCAGAGUUGCCUCCUAGUGACAGUUUUGCUGACUUUAGUUCAGCUCCGUCUGGAGGUGUGGUGGUGGGAGGCGAUGACAGGUGGGCUGCAUUUCGACCACCUGAAGCCACUGAAGAUGGUCAGGAUUCAUGGGCCACAUUUGAGGAUGAACAGAGUGCUUACAUGGGUAAAGAAGAACAAAAUGAUGAGACUUCAGUAGCGCCCUCUAGCGACAACCUCCAGAGUAGCACUGCUGAUUUCAGCUGCAAAAUACAGCAUCUCUUCAGAACCGCCUUCCCUUCAGACAUCCGUCCUGAGGUCAGCGGGGUCACUGAAGUCUUGCCCCUCCACAAAUUCCUACAGAUUCACGAUCCUCAGCAGCAAAGGGAUACAAGUGGCUCUCAGGAGUCAGAGACUCAUCUUGGGAAUGCAUUGGCCAUGUGGCGCCACCUUCAGGACAUCCUCGGCUCUCAUGGCCUUAAAUACAAGUGGGCUGGUUCCCAUAGCAACAAAAUACUCCUGGAUUGGCUAGGAAUCAGGAAUAUUUUGUUCACUGGAGAUAAAAAGCAGCCUGUGAUCGUGCCUAUGUUUGCUGCUGGACUGGGAAUGCUGGAGCCCACCAAAGAGUCUCAAAAAUCUCCAGCCUCCCCUGCACUUUCCCCUUUUGCUCCUGUGGAGAGUGGAAAUAUUCUAUGCACUCAGGUGGCAUCCUCUUUGGCCAUUAGUAUUGACGCACAAGAUGGUGGAAUAUCAGAGCUAAAUUUGGACUAUUUUGGCCCUGUGGAAGAAUGUAGCUCAGAUAGUGAAACUGACACUCCACUACCAGGUGUUGAUCCAGAGAUAUAUGAACUGACUACAGCUAAAAUGGAGAACACCACUGGUCGCAACAUUGCAGAUGCAUUUACAAAACUCAUGGAGUCUAUGGAGAAAACCAGAACAACAGCCAGGAAGCCAGAAAGAGAUGAAAAGAUAAGCGAAGAGGCAGCAAAAGUCAUCUCUCUUCUCCCCGACCUGUCCUUCAUGCAGGCCAGGGUCCUAAUGUUCCCCUCCAUCCUAACUCCAGCAGCCUUCACAUAUGACUGAACACAGCAUCAGUCAAUCACCUUGGAGCCUCAUCAUUCAUUGGUUU